CCCGCGUGGCAGGCGAGAAUUCUACCACUGAACCACCAAUGCAGACAGAUGAACUGGUCAUAAUGAAUGUAUCUGAACUGAUCCGAGGCGGAGCUAGCCAUGCUCAAACCUCUGCGUGUGGAAAGGGUUUGUAAAGAAUAGUUAAGGUGGGUGGAGCGCCGGGCCAUUCUUUCUUUCCCUUGGAUCCGGCCACCGGGCCAUAAAGUCAUUCCAUAUGGCCAGGGGCGGCCCCACACCCGGGUGCAAACUGCCCCGGCCCUCGAGCCUCACGUGCAGGUGAGAAAAACUCAACCCCAAUCCUGGUUCCCAAGGAGGGGGGCGGCGGGGCCUGCUGUGGCCACACAUCUGUGCUCCCAUUUGGCUGAAGUAGGGAAGGUGGGAUGUACUGGGGGCCCUAAUCCCAAAUGGGAGCCCCCUUCUCAAGUCUGGGCCCCUCCCGUUCUGCGUUUGGCAAGGCAGCCUCUGCCAGAAAAAUCGCUCAGGUUGGGGAGGGCCUCUGGAAGGAGGCUCCACUUACACUCCACUACUACCUUCUGGCCCGGUUUGUAGCCCCUGUCUUUAUGGUGUCCUUUCCCCAUGUGUUCUUGUCAUGCUAAAUUUCGGUUUUACCUCCCCAGGCACUUCGUCCUGGAGUCUCUAAGGGUUGACACAUCCUUCCGUCGAGGGCCAUGCUAUUGGUUUGAGAUGCUGAAGCCGUUGGUGGAGAAGCGGCGCCGGGACCGCAUCAACCGCAGCCUGGAAGAGCUGCGGCUUCUACUGCUGGAGAGGACCAGGGACCAGAACCUCCGGAACCCGAAGCUGGAGAAAGCGGAGAUUCUGGAGUUCGCCGUGGGCUACUUGAGGGAGCGAAGCCGGGUGGAGCCCCCGGGGGCUCCCCGGUCCCCAGGCCAGGACGCCGAGGCGCUCGCCAGCUGCUACUUGUCCGGUUUCCGCGAGUGCCUGCUUCGCUUGGCGGCCUUUGCGCACGACGCCAGCCCGGCCGCCCGCUCCCAGCUUUUCUCCGCGCUGCACGGCUACCGGCGCCCCAAACCACCCAGGCCAGAGGCCGUAGAUCCAGGGCUCCCAGCGCCGCGCCCACCGCUGGACCCUGCUGCACCCACCCUUGGCCCCGCGCUGCACCAGCGCCCCCAAGUGCACCAGGGAGCCCCUAGUCCCCGCUGCGCUUGGUCCCCAUCCCACUGCUCCCCUCACGCCGGGGAUUCCGGCGCGCCGGCGCCCCUCACCGGACUGCUGCCGCCGCCGCCGCCGCCUUACAGACAAGACGGGGCGCCCAAGGCCCCGCCACUCCCACCGCCCGCCUUUUGGAGACCUUGGCCCUGAGCUUUGGGGGGGCUGGGGCGGGGGUUGGAGGUGGGGUAGAGACUCCAGCCAGAGGGCAGGAGAGGGAUCCGGGCGAGGAGGGCAGCGGGGCGCGCGGGCUCAGCGCGCGGGUGAGAUGUGGUUUAUAUUAGAGUAUCUAUAUAAAUAUAUAUUUUCCUGUCCCUUUUCCCUGCCCCGCUACCCUGUGUGUAGGAUUGUACCCUCUCUCCCCCGGCCCAGUCCCUUCCCGAGUCCCUAGUGCAUGGAAUAAAAUGGUUAUUAAAUCCCGG